AUGGGUAUCCUCCUUGAACCUAGCCCUCCGCUAGGGAAGUUGCGAGCUCGAUGGUAUAAAGCUGCUAUUUUGCUCUUGGCUCUCUUGCUCAUAAUAUUGAACUGGAGACGAAGCUGCAUAUCGAGCUAUAACUACACGGACGAGGAUAAUAAAAUCCUCUAUGGCCGCGAGGAUUGCGUGUCUUUAGUUGUAUUCACAGCAAAUAUGUUCAUCUGGGGCCUAGUAACGCCCAUGGUGCUGCUGACUGAACUGGUAACCGGGAAACUUAUAUUGAGGCAACGACGCUGCGACUCACCAGAUAACGGUUAUUCCUGCCAUAAGGACAUAAGUCGUUCAUGGGGCCCCUAUUCACCUUACUUUUCUAUCGAACCUACUACUGAUUCGAACUUGGAUAUCUACCACAAUUGCCAAGUCACCUUCGCAAACGUCUUAUCUCGACAUGGCGCUCGAUAUCCAACUAGAGGCGCCGGUGAGAGUAUCAAAUUUACCCUCAAUAAAAUUCAGUCCCAAGCGACGUCGUAUUCCCACAAAACAUCCUUCAUCAAAAAAUUCCAAUACACCCUAGGUUCCGAUACCCUCACGCCAUUCGGCGAACAGGAAAUGUACAAUUCCGGAGUCAGAUUUUACCGCCGUUACAAAUCUCUAGCUUCCGAUCAUGUCCCUUUCUUCAGAUUCUCGGCUCAACAGCGGGUCAUUGACUCAGGCGACAAAUUUGCACAAGGCUUCAUUGACGAAAGGGCAAAGCAAAUCGGCGGGCCUGUGAUGUCCUUCCCACCCCCGGUCCUAGUCUAUGAAGGAUACCCAUUCAACAAUACUAUGGACCAUGGUACCUGCCGCGAAUUCGAGACUGGAAGGUUCUCUAAAGUCGCAUCUGCAGCUCAAACUGAAUAUGCCACUUCUUUCACAAAACCCAUCAUUAAGUGGUUGACUAGCGAAAUUUCCGGGGUCAGCAUAACUCCCCAGGACACAAUCAACUUGAUGUCACUCUGCCCGUUUUAUACUGUCGCGGAGCCAACCGGUGACCCACUGCCACCGUUUUGCGAGUUAUUUAGCAAGGAUGAAUUCAAAUUAUACAACUACUAUCUCUCUCUCGGAAAGUUUUACGGAUAUGGCCCUGGCAAUCCGUUGGGACCAGCUCAGGGUAUUGGCUACGUCAAUGAGCUUAUCUCCCGGUUAACUAGUACUCCAGUUAAUGACUCGACUACGACCAACAGCACGCUCGAUAACGACCCAGCUACCUUUCCUCUUGGAAAGAAACUGUAUGCCGACUUCUCACAUGAUAACACAAUGACUUCUAUCUUUUCGGCUUUAAAUCUCUUCCAAGGGAUCCGCAACCUUUCGACCACUGAAAUAGAACAGACCAGCAAGUUCAACGCGGCGGAGUUGGUUCCCUUUGCUAGCAGAAUGUACGUGGAGAAGCUGCAAUGCAUGGAUAAUAAGGGGAAGGAGUUUGUCAGGGUUGUUAUCAACGAUAAAACGAUGGAAUUAAAAGCUUGUAAAAAGGAUAAGAAAGGUCGGUGUGCAGUUUCUGCUUUUGUAAAUAGUCUGAAAUGGGCAAGGGACGGUGGAAACUGGGCGGAAUGUGGGUGGCCGUAUGAAAGUAACUAA